AUGGUCGGGAGCCGGGUUGCCGCCGUCGGCAAGCACCCGCCGUCGAGGCGCUACCUCCUCGUGCUUUCCUGCAUUUCUCUCCUCGGGAUCGUCCUCGUGGCCGACUUCCUCUGGGCCUCCUCCUCGACCGCCACCGCCUCACCAUACUUCUCCGUCGAGAAGGCCAUCGGCAUCGUCUCCCCAAACUCCGAGGAGGUGAGCAGAGCUAGACUGUGGUUUCCGUUCUUAACCUGCUUGGUAUGAUCAUUUUGUUCUUGGCUUGGGGGCGUCGGCGGAGUUGUAGCGAUGUGAGAUCUGGAGGCGCCAGACUGUAAUAACAGUGCUGCGGCCACAGUGAUUUAAUUUGGUGAUUUGCUCUUUCUAAUUCACAUAAUUUGUAUUGGCAGUCGGGGAAAUCAAAAAAGAGGGGUGCCGCCAAGGACGUGAAGUUAGCCUUCGCGAAGGGUGAGCCGAACGCCACCUUUGCCGAUCUGCCUGCGCCGGCACUGGAGUGGGAGGAGAUGGCAAAGGCGCCUGUGGCUCGUCUGGACGGUGCCGCCAUUCAGAUCAAGAAUCUCUUGUACGUGUUCGCUGGAUAUGGGACGAUCGACUAUGUACGAAUCUCUCUUGCUGCGAAACAAAACAUGGAUGCUCCCCGUUAUUGCAAGUAGAUGGACGACUUAUUUAAUUUUCUGCCGUGUCAGUAACUAUUUAUUUGUUCCUUGGAUCAUUUGACUGUCUUUCUAACAUGUAUUAAGCAGUGGCAUCUGUCGGUGGCCAGUCUUGGCUAUUUUCUUGGAAGCAUGGCGAUAAAGAUUUAGUGCCUUCUGGCACGCUGGAUUCAGUCUGACUUGGUAUCCAAAGAUUGAAAGACUGAGGAUGCUAAGAUGAAGAAGUUGGAUAUAAUAGCUGUUUCCCAUUUUUCUUUGUUGUGCCAGUUGAUCUGUCCUCUGUCAGAAAUUGUUCUUGCUGAAACCACUGACCUCUUGUGUCAGUGUCUCACCAAUGAAAUUCAAAACGCUUUUAUGUCCGGCCAAUCUCUCCUAAGAUUGAAUUGCGUUGUUCAGCAUUGGAUAUGAUAUUCAUGAUGUGCUUUAGGCAACAUUUUGUGGGUUUUUCGCUUCCUUGGUUGUCAAACUCGUCUCAGUAUUUGCAAUUAUAUGUUUUUGCAGGUGCAUUCUCACGUUGAUGUUUACAAUUUUACGGACAAUACGUGGGGAGGAAAGUUUGAUAUGCCAAAGGAGAUGGCGCAUUCACACCUAGGGGUAGCAACUGAUGGGAGGUAUAUCUAUGUUAUCAGUGGACAGUACGGCCCACAAUGUAGAGGGCCUACUUCUCGGAGCUUUGUGUUAGAUACAGAGAGUAAGAAGUGGGAUGAUUUGCCCCCAUUACCUGUCCCCAGGUAGAUACAAAAUUUUUGAAACUUUUUUCUUCAUCAGAAACUUUUUAGCAUUGAAAUUAUAGAACUACCUGAGGAAUUUAAUUGGUCGUCCAUGUGUGUAAAGUGUGGGUCAUUUUCAUGGAAAUUGCUAUUUUCGGUUUUGGCAUGCAUUGAGAUUUUCUCAUUCUGAAGGUAUGCCCCUGCUACCCAACUUUGGAGGGGCCGGCUUCAUGUUAUGGGUGGAAGCAAAGAAGAUCGCCAUGAGCCUGGAACGGAGCAUUGGAGUUUGGCAGUGAAGGAUGGGAAAGCAUUAGAAAAUGAAUGGCGAUCUGAAAUACAAAUACCCCUUGGUGGGCCCCACAGGUUUUUUUCACCGCCAUUAUUCUGCUCAUCGUUAUAUGAAUCCCUUUAUGCAUGAGAUAUGCUGUUUUAGGCCUUUAAGGAAAUAUGGAAAAGGCAGCAUGCUUCACUAUGAGAGGGUAAAGCAGUGCAACUAGAUACUUUUCUGCAAUGCAGAUUGUAGGCUGCUCUUUUGAUCGUUAUUCUAAUGCUCAAUUCUGUUCUAGGGCAUGCGUUGUUGCCAAUGAUAAGCUUUUAGUGAUUGGUGGUCAAGAGGGUGAUUUUAUGGCGAAACCUGGAUCUCCAAUUUUCAAAUGUUCACGAAGAAACGAGGUAUAAAUUCAGAUUACUUGCUUCUUCUUUUUUUUUCCUUAGUAUAUUUCUACUCUCAAGAAUAAAAUGUUUCACGUUGUUAGCCACUACUAACAGUAGCUUAGUUCAGAUGUUAACUCUGCUAUGAGGCUUGAAGAAAUUCCCCCGAUUCCUGUUCAUUAUUUCUGACCUGAAAUUUCUGUUGCAAUCUGAUAAGGUUCUAAUUUAUUUACUGAAAAGAUGUGGCUCCCCUGGCUGUCAGAUGUACAGCCAUUAUUAAUCAAUCAUCUAGGUCCGUGGCUUGAAUGGCAAUAUUGAAGUUCUGAAGAAUCCCAAAGCUGGCCAAGCCCUUCCCUAGUGUCUUGAGAUAACGUUGGGAUGAUAUUCUUAGGUUGACCACACAUAUCAAACGUGCGUAUGGAAAUCUUAGACCUGUAUCAGCUUAUUCAUGUUUACUUGAUGAGUCCUUGGCUUUACGUCAACUCUUCUUACUGAAGAGUACUAGAUUUUUCCAGCAUGUAUAAGAUUUUAUACAUAUUGCUUCUUUUUUCUGCAUUUUGGCAAACUACCAGAUGGAAAGACCUGUUGUUAUGGGCUUUUCAUUUCAACAUUAUUUUCACAAUCUUCACUGCUUAUCAAUUGCUCUAGGUUGUCUAUGACAACGUCUACAUGCUUGAUGACGAACUCAAGUGGAAGGAAUUGACUCCCAUGCCAAAGCCUGAUUCUCACAUAGAGUUUGCAUGGGUUAUUGUCAACAAUUCUAUCGUUAUUGCUGGGGGAACUACAGAGAAGCACCCGCUCACCAAGAAGAUGAUUCUCGUUGGGGAGUUGUUCCGUUUCAACCUAGACACCUUGGUACGCCAUCUUCCCUUUACAGCUCAUAUUUAUGAAAAGAUUCACAGCACCAGCACAAUUCUUCAUGUUAUCAUUUAUUCCUCCUGGACUCUACAUCCGAGUGGGAGUUUUGAUGUGAUUGCCCGAGAGUAGACACACAUCUCCUGGAAUUAGGGAGAAGCUUCGUCAACGCAAUGGAGACUGGGCAAGUUCUAGCUGGCACGUCGGCCGAAAUCCUCAGUUCCUUCCUUGACUUUAUCAGGAUAAUGCUGCAAAUAAUGUCUGAAAUUGUGAUCUCUAUUUGGGUGAACCAAUGUGACCUGCGGCACUUGGGAUUGAUCACAUUUGCUUGCAAUCAGCACUCCAACCUGAUCUGACUGGCCUUCAAAUCUCCACACAAUGAUCUCUACUGCUGUGGCAGCACUUUCUCUCAAGGAAAAUGGACGGGUCUUGCGCAGUGGCAGACAUGCGAAAUCAUCAAUAUAACAAAGAGCAAAUCUCCAAUGUUUUCCGUUUUUCUUGCAGGAAUGGUCGGUGAUUGGGAAAAUGCCAUACAGGGUCAAAACCACCCUGGUCGGAUUCUGGGAUGGAUGGCUGUACUUCACAUCAGGGCAGCGGGACCGGGGACCAGACGACCCUGCGCCGAGGAAUGUCCUGGGGACUACAUGGAGAACCAGGCUGCGGUUGGAGUGA